AAGUCUAAACCUUGCCUGACUUGGCUUUACGGCCGAGAUGGACGCCAUAAUUGUAAAGAGUUUGCUCUUCCUGCUAAUAUUUGGACUGGUAGAGUCUAACGUGGUGGAAGGGGGGCCACACCCGAUGAAACACAAAACCGGUAAGAGGGACGGUCGGUUUCUCAUUGGGAACAGCUUAAAGGCACACGAUGUACCAGGAUUGCGUAAAAGUGUCCAAAAUGAUUGCGAGAACACUCACGUCAAAGAGUUCUUUCCUAGUGGGACACUGCCAGUGGGUUUACGUGAUAACCAAGAAAGAAUGGUCCUCAUUUGCCAACAGAAAAAUAGAAAGAAAUUCAGCCUGGAAAAAGAAACCUUCUACACAUCGCUUUUCGAUCAAGGUCGGGGAAUUCCGGUAUAUUCAGCCUACAAACUCACAUCAGACAACACGAAUUAUGAACGGAGAUGUCGCCCAACAUGGCAAGAAAACGAAGGUAUUAGGAACCAGGUAGGAAAAGACACAUACCCACCGGCACCUUGGCAAAGAGGCCACUUGGCCCCAGCACACACUUUAUCAAGUGACAAAGUGGCCUUUCGUUCUACUUUUAGAUACACGAACGCCUUUCCCCAGCGUCCAUCUUUUAAUGCUGGUGAAUGGUCCAAGUUUGAGAAAAGAAUACGAAAGUAUGCAGAAGUGUGCACUAAAGAUGACAAAGGAGUGCUCUAUCUUUUAAGUGGAACUGCAUUUAUUAAUGUUGAUGCUCAUAUCGAGAUGGAUAAAAAUGGAAAGGUUAUAGUAAGCAGCGACAAUCAUAUAGAAAAGCUGCCUGGGGAAGGUGAUAACGAUGAAAUAUAUGUUCCCAAGUCAGUUUGGACUGCCGGAUGCUGUGUCGGUACUUCUUCUCCAAAUCAUGCUAUAGAAAGUUUUGCAGUGAUCGGUAACAAUGUCAAAGAA